AUGACAAAGCGUUUCAAACUCAAGCUUUCUAUGCCUUCUUUUAGCUUUUGUCAAUCCAAGAAAGCUUCUUAUAUGCCUAAAAGUCCAAUGCCAUCUUCACUAUACAAAAUUUCCCCUGCCUAUAAUCUUGAUAUUUCACCAUUUCCAGUCCCUCCUACAACCCCAUAUCACCCUUCUCUUAAACAAUUCAUAAAAGAUCACAACUUGACACAAAAAACAUAUAAUUCGCCGAUUUCUGAUUAUUCUGAUCAUGACAAUAACAACAUGAUCUUGAGAAUGAGGAAUAGUAGAAUAAAUGAGUCAACAAAUAGUAGGUUGAAUAAUAUGAGUUUUGCCUCUACUGAUAGUGGCUGGUGCAGUGAAUGUAGUAAUAAGAAGCCUAAUGAUGAAUCUUCAUUCGACGUUGAUUAUCCGAUAGACCCUUUAACCGGAAUCAGAAGGAGGAAAAAGAAUAACAACGCGAAAGUAAGUAGGAUCAAACGUUACAUUUCGAAUAGUUUUAAAGAUUCUGAUUAUCAGAAGAUUACUACAACAAAAGCAUCUGUUAUAGAUAAACUGAUGCCAUGUAUGGCUGAUGGGAAAGUGAAUGAGAGUUUUGCAAUAGUGAAAAAAUCAGCAGAUCCUUAUGAAGAUUUCAAGAAUUCAAUGAAGGAAAUGAUAAUAGAGAAACAGAUGUUUGAAGCAGAGGAUUUGGAACAGCUUUUGCUUUGUUUUCUGAGUCUUAAUUCAAGACAACAUCAUGCAAUUAUUGUUGAAGCUUUCGCUGAGAUUUGGGAGGAGUUGUUUGGUAAAUCUUCAAAGUCUGUGGAUUUAAAACUUUGA